GCAGACUUUUAUUCAGGUAUACACACAGAGGUGGCUACAAAACGCUCAUAGUGCUUCUAGAGGCAGCAAGAGACAUUGCGGACAAAACGCUACAGAGUUAGAUAAUACUUAGCAGCAUUAACCGUUCGUUGCACGCUUGAAGACAAAGUUCAGCGAUUGUGUUCUUCGAAGCAGGCAUCGACCAGUCAUGCCUGGAGGGAGGAUGCCGAACUGUCCUGCCUCUGCGUCCGAAGGCUUCAGUUCGACCCCUGUCAAGACUAGACACGGGGAAGACUUCCACAAAUCCAAGGACAUGGGCGACGGUGUCCUGUCGGACGACGAAGAUACCUUUUCUCUGCUCUCUCCUAUCUAUCAUGACAGUUUUGACAGCGAUGAAGACCUGGAGGCCAGCCCAGUUCAGCAGACUUCACCUAGGCAGAGCGACAACUCCAGAGUCAGCGUUUCACCAGUCAGAUGCGAACUACCACGAACACCUUCAGAACAGAUAUUGAAUGCACCUGCGGAGCCUGCAGGUUCAUCUGCUCUCAGUGCAUGGGAAGUGUGGCUGGUGAACAAAGCCAAAGACGACCGUCUCAAAUUGGAAAAGAAAGCUGAGGAGGAGGGGAAACUGAAGCAGAAGAAACAGCAGCAAGAAAGGGAGCGGGAACAGAAAAAGAUUGUCAUGGAAGAGAAGAUCCAAGAAUGGCUCAAGAUGAAAAGAGAACAGGACAAACGCAAACAACUUGUUAAACAGAGUAAAGAGGAGGAGGAGAUUCAGCGACAGCAGGAAAAACAGAGAGAGACUGAACAGAAAGCUCAGCAAAAGUACAAAAACUGGCUACAGAAGAAGAACCAAGAAAAAAUUGAAGCAGAAAAGAAGGAGAAAGAGGAAGCUGCUCUAAAGUUGGAGCAGGAGAAGGAGCGCCGCAAGAGGGCAGAGGAGAAGUUUAGAGAAUGGCUGGCAAAAGCCAAUGAAAAAAGUAGAGCCAGUCCCAAAUCACCUUGCUGCCCAACAAGUCCAUAUGACAAAUCCUACCCAUCACCCAGCUUCUACAAUCCGAUCCCUUGGAAGCCAAUUCAUGUCCCUCCUCCAGAAAAAUCCCAGAAUAAGACAUGUGGCAAGAAACCUCAGAGACAACAAAAAUGCCAACAAAGCCCCAGCGCUGCUUUUAGACUGAGAAACUCUGCAAGUGGAGGGCUGUUGCUGCAGAGGAGAUGACAAAGCAGACUGACGUCUGUGACUGUGAAUGGUAGCUUAGCCAGGGCUCAAAUAUAAUUUCACCACGACUCAUCCACACCACCACAGCUGCUGAACUGAGACUCUGCUGAAUCACAGGAGUAUUUCUGUUCUCUAAUAUGGUCAUGGUAAUUAAGACAUGAUACCUUUUCCUUGGUUUGUUAUAUUUUGCUGGCCAUUGGAGCAAUGUUGUAAUAAUGCACUAGUUCUUUUUAGAUUAAGGGUAAGGAUGUAUGAAUAUUUGGGAUUUAGAUUUUUUGUGAUUUUUCAAAGAUGUUAAUAAUUAUUUGUGACACUUCCACUCCAUAAUACUGUACUGUCUAGCAUAACUGUUGGCUAAAUUUUUAGAAGACUGUAAUCUAUUUUGCAUUAUCCUGUAAAUAUAAAAUUCUUGCUAUUUGGAUGAAAGAGACACAAGCAAAGUUC